CUCCCUUUUAUAUAACAACAAAAACACAUGUGUAAAGCAUACACAGAAUUGCUUAUGCACGUAGCUCUUUCAGCCAUUUGUCUUUGCGCCGUAUUUGCCAAAUCUUCAAUACCCUUUUCACUCUUUUGGUGAGAACUGAGAAACCAUGCAAAAACUCUGUAUUCAAAUUAUUUGAUUCAGUUGAAACCCUACCAUUUUCGAUUUUAUCGGAGCUCAGUAGAAUAUUUUGAUAAAAGAAGCUUAAAUUAUGGUGAAGGAAGCGAAAGAUUCAUCAGUACCCACAACCCAUCGGUGUUUAAUUGUGGGGAAUUACUGUCACGAUGUUCUGAUCAAGGACGACGUCGUAAUAGCGGAGUCGCUGGGCGGAGCGGCGUCGUUCAUCUCCGCCGUGCUUGAUGGUUUGUCUGUUUCUUCCGACUACAUUUCUAAAGUGGGUCCUGAUUUUGUGUACUCUGUUAAUCACCGCCCGAUCACUUCGUCCUCUUCCAAAACCACCGUUUUCCACGCCUAUUUCUCAACUGAAAGCACACAGCAAGAUCGCAUCUUAAAACGGGUCACUGUAGGUGACCCGGUAACUCCCUCGGAUCUCCCGAACUCAAAAUUUGAUUUUGGGUUGGCCGUAGGUGUUGGUGGAGAGAUUUUGCCUGAAACCCUUGAGCGGAUGAUUGAGAUGUGUAAGGUGGUGUUUGUUGAUAUCCAAGCUUUGAUUCGGGUAUUUGACCCGGUUGAUGGAACAGUGAAUCUUGUACAUUUGAAUCAAACCGGGUUUUGGCCUUUGUUGAAUAGAAUUGGGUAUUUGAAAGCAUCCGCGGAUGAGGCACCAUUUGUGGAUGUGGAGGAAGCAAGGAAAUGGUGUUGUGUGGUAGUGACAAAAGGGAAAGAUGGGUGUACAGUGUAUUCUAAAGAUGAAGAAUUGUCCAUUGCGCCUUUUCCAGCUUAUCAAGUUGAUCCAACAGGAGCUGGGGAUAGCUUUCUUGGAGGUUUAGUUGCAGGGCUUGUUGAUGGAUUGGCAGUACCAGAUGCUGCAUUGCUGGGAAACUUUUUCGGAUCACUGACUGUAGGGCAAAUUGGGCUUCCCAAGUUCGACUCGCGGAUGGUACAGAAAGUGAAGGAUGAGGUGCUAAAAAGAAGUUUGCAACAUUUUGGGUCCCAUGAGAAACAUGAAGACGAACCAAAGAGAUUGAAGCCAUUAGAUCAUGAAGAAUUCCUAGCAGCUCUCAGUGCUGCCAAAGUGGUACCAGCAUACCCUAUCAAAGAAUGUAAAUGGGACUUGCAUAAUACCCCCGGAGCAUUGGAACAGCCCGCCUGCAAUGGUCAUCGGAGAUUACCACUUAACCCUGUCUGUGAAGAACCGAUUAAAUCAGUUGAUAGUAAACCUUGAAUAACGAGUGUGGGGUUGUUCCAUGCUCUUGAAUAUUUGGUUAGAGUUGUAGUUCUGAAUAAAGAGAGUUC